AUGUCGACAUGGAAAGAGAAACUGAGGAGAACAGUUACAGUGGAGCCGGUAAUAUUCCUCUAUAUGACCAGUACUUUCAUCGUGACACCUGCAUAUCAACAGAUGAUUAUCACAAAGGUUUGUCAUCAAUUACUCAAGAAUGAUACUAUCUGCAAUAAUCCUGCGCACCACAAAGAUGACGAGGAGGUUCAAGUGAAGGCAUCCUACAUCCUCCUCCUCUUCAACGCCACCCUCAGCCUGGUCUCCAUCCCUCCUGCAAUACUACUGGGCUCCUGGUCGGACCGCGCUGGCCGCCGUAUGGUCAUGGCGUUCCCAUCUGUGCUGUCUCUGCUGAGUGGGGGGUUGUUACUGGCUAUAGACCUACUGGACAACAUCAAUGUUUACUGGACCUUGAUGGCUGCUGCCCUAGUAGGCCUGACCGGUGGCCACGUUUCCAUCUUCCUUAGCUGUUUCAGUUACCUGGCCGACUUGACCAUGGGCUCCAACUCAAGUCGCACGUUACGUAUGGCAGUGGCCGAGUCCAUGAUCUUUGUGGGAGGGAUGAUUGGCUUUCUUCUAGGUGGAUUCCUAGAGCAGGAAUAUGGGCUGAAGGCAGCGUUCGGGGCUUAUAUUGGUUGCCAUGUUCUGGUACUUCAUUAUAUCGUCCUAUGGCUUAGAGACCCUAUGUCAGUAAAAAGUACAUUUACUGUUCCCUCUAAAGAGGAUACGGUUAAGGAGGGAGCCCAAGCAGACCAGUCUGGAGUGUUUAUCCUAAAGUACGCCAAGCUUUCUUUCAAAGCAGUUUUUAAGAGGAGACCAGGGCAGGACAGACUGAAAUUGCACUUUCUCAUUCUCUGCACCUUUCUAAAUAACCUGGUAGCUGUUGGGGAUCAGUCCAUCUUGCUGCUGUAUCUGAAAUAUGAGCCCAGAGAGUUUACAACUGCCCUGUUUGGGGUAUUUAACUCUGCAAGGAUGCUUUUGCUGGGCUUUGGUCUACUGGGUCUAUUUCCUGUGCUGAUGAGGUGUAUGAAGGAGAUGACUCUAGCAAAACUCAGUGCUGUCUUCAGAAGCGCUUCUUACGUCCUACUCGCCCUCUCCAACAACACAUGGAUGGUCUUCCUCGUGGCUUUGGUUGGGGCUCCAGCUGGGAUCAGUCAAGCAGUGAUUCGUUCUUUGUCUUCUGCUAUUGUGGGACCAGACGAACAAGGUGCCAUGUUCUCUUUCUCUGCCUCAGUGGAAGCAACCUGCAUUAUUAUUGCUUCCACGAUCUUUAAUGGCCUCUACCCUCUGACCUUGUCCACCUUCCCUGGCAUGCCCUUCAUCAUCAUGGCUGCCUUCAUGCUUAUCGUGCUCAUUCUUUUACAGUGGAUUAGCGAGAUGCCCACCACUCUGCCUCGCCUUGUGCUUUAGUACAUAGUCUGCUACUGGAUUACUCUUCAAGUACAAAGUGUAUCCAUAAUUGGAUAUUGUACAGUUUUCUAUAAGCAUGUAUAAACCACAAUAUAAAUGUCCUUGUCCUUAAGAGCUGCUGUUUGUAAACCAAAUAUGUUGUUUUCGUAAGGGUUGUGCAUCAUUCAGAAGUGAAUUGAGGACAACUUUUACGAUAUAAUUUCAGACUGAAUGCACAAUUUAGAGCUACCCUUUUUUAUUUUGA